AUGGCAGCACCCCGCAGCGUCUCGGCUGCUUUUCAGGGGUACCUGCAGCAUCUGGGGGUGCACGACUUCCCCUGUGGCCUCGGCAGCUGGAACAAAUCCCGCCUCCAUGGCCGCAGGAGCCCCCGGGCAGAGGCAGCGGGGCUGGAGGAGGCUGUACCGCCGGGAGAGGAGAGCCCCGAGGCGCUGCUGGAGCUGCUGAGAGACCAGCACAGCCCCUGGGCACUGCCCUCCGAGGGCAGCCCCCUGGCCCGGCUCCUGCGGGAGGUGGCCGUGCUGGCACCCGAGCUCCUCCGUGGCUCCAGGAUCUUCCAGCUUAUCAAGUCCCUGCGGAUACUCGACAAGGGGGUGGAGGAGGUGGAUGAGGGUCUGCUGCAGUUCCAGCAGCUGGAGGAGCUCAUCCUCAGUGCCAACCACAUCUCCAGAGUCACGUCAGCCCACCUGCCCCGGACUCUGAAGGUCCUGGAGCUCUGCUGCAAUGCUGUGGGUGAUCUGCAGGACCUGUGUGCUCAGCCACCCCCAGAGCUCCAGCACUUGGGGCUGGGCUACAACCGGCUGUGUGGCCCUUCCCAGGAAAAGCACCUCACGGCAGAUUUCUGGCCAAACCUUGUCUCCCUUGACCUGAGCUUUAACAGCCUCACAGACCUGCCAGGGCUGGUCUGCCAGCUGUCCACUCUGCAGAACCUCCACGUCCUGCUGCUCCAAGGGAACCCACUGGCUCUCACCCCCACUUACAGAGGCUUCCUUGUGGACAGCCUGCCCAAGCUGUCCAUCCUCGAUGACAUCUACAUAUGGCCUGAAGAGAGGCAGCAGUUCCAUGGUCUGGCGAGGCAGCCAGAGCUGAUCAGGAGUGAAGCACGAGUGGUUGUGAGCAUUGGGGAGUUGAAGGGACUCCCUAAUCCUGAAGCUUUUCAGCAGCUGGAGGUUGGCUCCGAGGGUCCAGUGAUCACCUGCAGCUACUGUGUGACCUACGAGUUCGCAGAGGGAGAGCAGCUUGAGGACAGGGGCAGCCCUGAGGGAACAAAAAUCCACCAGAGUCCCACAGUGGCCACGCUGGAUGUGGACACAGGAGAAACAAAGAGCCAUCAGGAGCCUGCAGCCACAGAGGAGCCCAAGGCCCACUCUGCAAAGGUGUUUGCCACCCCUGGACAGCCCUGGGCAGACACCAUUGACUGGAGCUACAGGAAGGAACACAUCACCAAGGACUUGGUGGGGCUGAAGUCCUACCUGGAGGCUGGAACCAUUGUCUCGGUUGUGGAGGAGAAGGUGCUUUCAUGGCCCGUGGAUGCUGAUGCAGAAGAAAACGCUGUCACAAAUAAGAAGGAAGGACAGGAGCUGAAGAAGAGCACUGCAAAGGACAAGCAGAAAAAGAAGAAGCAGCAGCCAUGUGAGUUCCGCAGCGACCCUCCCGUUCGGAGCACGCUGGGCACCGUGAGGGUGACCUUGGAGACCCUGCUGGCCACCGAGGACCUGGUGGCAACUGUGUGUGACUUUGGGAUCCUAAUCCCUGAGAAACCACCAGAACCACCAGUUCUGGAGGAGAAGGAGGUAAAAAAAGGCAAAGACAAGACCAAAAAGCCCAAAGCAGAAAAAGAAGGAAAAGGAAAAAACAAAGACACUGCUGAAGUGGAGGAGGGUCAAGAGCUCCAGCCGGUGCCGCUGACGGUUCAAUUCCAGAUGCAGCUGCUUCGGUGGCCCUUGGCAGCCAGCACCCAGAGCCAGGAGACCGUGGCCGUGACAGGGAGGAACACUCAGUGAUGUGUCCAUAGCAGAAGCGUGAGUGGAAAUAAACCACACGGGAACGCUGCGUGGAGCCUGGUUCAGCUGAACCCCCAGAGCUGGGAGAUGCGCCGGGGCUCCUGGUGCUCCGUGGCUGGUGCUGGAGCGGGCAGGGGGUGUAGGGUGGCUGUGUAGGGUGGCUGUGCCCGGUGCCGGUGCCAGCCCACCGAAUCCUCCGCCCGCGGGCGGGGUUCGGGGGCUGCGCGGCGGGGCGGAGCGGGGGCGGCUCCCGAAAGCACGGAGGGAGCGGCGGCGGCCGGGGAAUCACGGAGGGAAGGGA